UCCCAACAUAUGGCGGAGCAUUCAUUCACACAUUGAAUUGUUUACCUUUUACAAAAUGUCAUAAAUUCGAUGUCGAAAAUAUUUCGAACGCAUGUACAUGUUUAUGAGGAGAUGCCCGAGCAAAAGAUAAACACAGUAAGAAAUAUCUUUCAUUCAUUCGAUUAUUUAGUGUUGUCUGAGCAAGUGACAGCGUAUAAAAAACAAUUCCAAUCGCACAACGAAAACGAACAAUAAAAUUAAGAACAGAAUUUAGUGUUUAAGUAGAUUUAGUGAGAAUGAAAAUAUUUUCGUGUAUUGAAAAAUCAAAAAGAAAAGCAAAAAAAAACGAAGAAAAUUUUAACGUAAUAGCGAAGUCAACGUAUAUCAGUAAACGCACGAGUUCAAAAUAAACAGCGAGCCAGCUAUUGUGUACAAACAUUUGUUUAAUUGAUUGAAAUAUCUUUUCUGGUCAAUAGGCAGAUUUUUCACUUCUUUUUUUGCCCUGACGUACAUGGAAUUUUUCUUUUGAUUGCAUACUCAUAGAAAAAUGCUGGUGCCUCUGCUGCUUAUCGAAAUCGGUGCUCAAUGAAAAGCGUAACAAAAGAAAAUCGUGGAAAGUGAAAACGCUGUUAAACGCGCAGGCGCCUAGAGAAAGGGAGAAAAAGCGAGAGAGAGAGAGAGAAAGGAAGGAAAAUCCAUAAAAAACAGUGGUCUACACAAGAUAAAGGCAAACGAAUAUAAACAAAAUAAAUAGUAAAAAUAAAUAAAAAUAAAAAAGUUUCAAAGUAUUAUUAUAUAUUAUAAUAAUUGAAUGCAUCGGAAUUUUUGUAAUUUAUGCGAAAGCUGUGCAACUAUGUUAGAGGAAAAAUUUGCGUGAGAUUUUUUCUACUUAUACGCUCACGCAGGCAGAGAGAUUCCGAAUGAAUUGAUUUGUGGUGCUUUUGGUAAAACCAUUGCCUUACAUUACUUAUUAGUUGUGGGUUUCCUUUUGUCGUGGUUUGCUGCUUCUUCAAAUAUUACAUCUGCUCAUUAAAUAAGUGUGUCUGGCAAACAAAGGAAACUAAGGAAAAAAAAAUUUAAAGAAAACAUAAAAAUAACAAUAAAAGCAAAUAUAAAGAUAAAAAAAAUCAAGUGCGUGCGUGUGUUUGUUAAAAUUUUCAUUUGAGCUGGCCGUCAAGCAGAAGGCAAAACGUAAAAUCUAUAAAAGAUUUACCCGUUUCCUACACAUACGACAUGAGAAAGUGAGGUUACUUAGUAACUCACCCAGUGGUAGUAAAAUGUCCAAUUCAAUGGAGAAAGCGAAUUCAUCGACCUGUCAUGAUGUUGCUGCUGCUACUUCUGUCCCAUCCCCGAAAACGUCGAAACGCAGGUCGAGGUCAUCUGCUCGUUAUGCUGACGUCGAGACAACAAGGCAGCACAAGAAAAUCGCUCUGCUCUCUAUACCAAACACAAUAAAAUUAAGUAUGCUGAACAGUGGUUUGUUGUCAUUUGAGAAAAUCAAACUGGAAGCACGUGACGAAAACAAUUCUCUCUCGAAAACCAUACCCAACAAACCCAUUGACACUAGACAUUUCAUCAAACUUUGCGAGUUGAGGCGUAAAUUUCCGGUGCUUUAUAAGUUAGAAUUUCAAACGGCCGCCAAAAUCGAGACAAAUACUUGUCGUCACGCGAUGAAAAAGAAUAAUCAGAUUAAGAAUCAGAAUCCCAGGUGCAUUCCCUAUGACUAUAAUCGCGUAGUGUUGAAAAAAAUACCCGGUACACCCGACUCGGACUACGUUAAUGCCUCGUAUGUUGACAGCCUUCUGAAGCCCAAUGCUUAUAUUGUUACUCAGGGUCCGGUAGAAGAUACAGUUAAUGCCUUUUGGCGUAUGGUAUGGCAAGAGAACGUAAGUGCGAUCAUAAUGCUAACGAAGACAUUUGAUUUUGCAAAAGUUAUGUGCGUUCAAUACUGGCCGCCAAAUAUGGAGGUUCAUGAAACUUAUGGCGAUAUAAACAUUAACAUCGUUAGGGAGGAGCAGUUGGCCAACUUUCAAAUACGAACGUUUCGUCUCUACAAAGUUAAAGAAGACAAUCCCGAGGAAGUAACUGAUGAGCGUCUUAUUUUACAAUUUCAUUAUACCGAAUGGUAUUCGCAUUCAUGCCCGUUCUCAAAUGCUCUUUUAGAAUUCAGGAGACGUGUGCGCUUAGUGGUGGGAAGUACUGUAAGCGAAGAUGAUACGCGAGGACCUAUGCUAGUGCAUUGCAGCGACGGUGGUGGUCGUUCCGGAGUUUAUCUUUCAAUUGAUGCGAAUCUCGAACUGUCCGAAGAAGAAGAGUGUUUCAAUGUGUUCGGUUAUCUAAAGAAGCUAAAACAAUCGCGCAAAGGGUUAGUGGAAAAUGUGGAUCAGUAUAAAUUUGUUUACGAUACAUUAGAAGAGCAUGUCGUAUGUGGGAAAACUUGGUUUCCGGUAUCGGAGUUGUCAGAUCGUCUAAAGGCGAAAGCUAGACGUAAUUCGUCAACAAAAAUGAAUGAAUAUCAAAUGGAAUAUGAUAAGAUCUGUAAGCAGACGCCUCGAUUCACCAUAGGCGAUUGUGCUGGCGGCCACAGAGCCGAUAAUCGGGAAAAAAACCGUGAUGUCCUAUGUGUCCCACCUGACAAUUUUCGUCCUUAUCUUACAUCCUUUCAAGGUAACGCUUUCACCGACUACAUAAACUCCGUCUUUGUGGACGGCUACACAAAACCUCGUGAAUACAUAGUCACAGAAUGGCCUUUAAAACAUACUUUAGGCGAAUUUUGGUCUCUGGUUUACGAUCAAGAAUGUUCAGCGGUAGUAGUUUUGUGUCAGCCUCCUACCAAUUCGCAACAAUUUCCUUCAUUUUGGCCUAUGAAAAGCAAACUGGAAAAAUAUGGUCCUGUCUUUUCGGUGCACUACGCGGGAGCUAAAAAUUAUACCAACAUCAAGCAAUGGGAAUUUAAAAUUAAUAAGAAAAUUGUUUCUCUCACCGAAAUGAUGGCUGGAGUUAAGGCACCUACGCGUACGGUGCAACUUUUCCAAUUAACUUGCUGGCCGAUGGGUCAUAAAGUGCCUACUUCCACCAACUCGUUAGUCUAUCUAAUGAAUAUGGUAGAAAUGUGGCGUGCACGCACUGAUUAUGGACCUGUCUGCGUUGUAUCACCAGAUGGCCGCAGUCGAUGUGGUGUUUAUUGUGCAGCGAAUGCUUGCAUUGAACAAGUUAUACAACACGGAGAGGUUGAUGUUUUCCAAGCAGUUAAGACAGUAAGACGUCAUCGUCCUCAACUUGUCGAAAAUAUGACCGAAUACAAGUAUUGUUAUGAUUUGGUCUUACAUUAUGUUUUGCACUUCCUGAACAAGAACGAUUAAAAACAGUGUUAGAAAGCUUUAAGCAUUUGUAUUCAACUCGUUGUUCUUAGCAAAACGAAUUCUAUAUUGUGUUAACCCAGUGAUUUCUCUGAACGCUCUUAAGUCCACGUCGAUCAACAUUCUUUCUGUAAAAAAGAAAAAUAUGUUAUGUCUAUCCAAAGAGAAAACCGAGAGAGAUUUUAAAGAGUUGUCGUCUUCUAAAUUCUCAUGCUUUACUCCAAAUCCUGAAAUAAUACAGAAUAGCAAAAAGGUUUAGUCUAAAGCACAUAUUAUAAAACGCUUAGCAGAUAAGCGAUGACGAAAUACAAAAAAAUUCUUUCAUAUUACAUGAUAGUGGGUUAUUAACUGCAAACACUAUAAAAUCCAUAUCUGUCAUCUUAAGUCCUAUGAAGUCCCGAUUCGGUGAAUACAAUUUAAUAUAAAUUUUUCCCUUUGUGUUCAAAGAAUUACUUCUAGUAUCUGUCUGCAAAUAGAUAUAUAUUCACCGAAAUCCAAUUCUCUACCAUAAUUGUACAUUCAUGAAGGGUGUCAUGAUUUAUAGUUUUCUUACUCUCCACCAACACUUAAUCACAAACAGGGAACAAUUUUGCGCUUUUUACACGAAUAUUUGUAUUCGAGCAGAGUAAUAGUAAUUUAUAACUUCAUUAUAUAAACUUUUCAGUUAGAGAGGUAGGCGUGAUGAAACACAACCCGAUGCAGAACAUAACAUACCUAAUGCCAAACGAUAAGAAUGCUUUGUCAAUUUCAAAAUCUUGUAACGGAUAGACAUGUGCAUUGAAGAUCGUACAAUGUACGGCAGAUGUGCACAUAAGUCCUUGCUAGCGCGUUACUCAUCAAACACAAGAUCAUGUUAAUUUUUUAGUCUUCUAGCCUAGCCUAUGUAAAGCAUUUUUAUUAGUCUAAAUUUUCUUUUACGGAAACGCACAUGUUGUCACUCUCAUCAAUUUUAGUUUCAAGUAUAUUCAAACUUGACCCAUUACACUUUGGUUACAUCUACCUAAAAAGUAGCAAUUUUCCUUGUUUUAAAUGAUAAUCUUUAGCUCCUUUAAAUCCACGGUCGAGCAAAAAAUUCGACUACGCAAUCUAACGCCAGGGAUAUAUAAGUAGCCUACCCAACACGGUGAGAUUUAAUGAGGAAAUUGUAAAAGGCUAGAAAGAAAUGCGAACUUAUGUUAAAGAAGGGCUUAAAACGCAUUUGAAAAAAAAAUUUAUAAAUUAUUAAAUAAAUUAAUUCAUGCCUUAAAAGCCAUUAAUUGGAAAUAUAUAAUCGUAAUUCUCAUAAAAUCAAGUUUAAACUAAUUAUGAAUCCCUGGCUACGUGUUUAUUUAAGGAGCAUAAGGUAAAAAUGGAGUUUUUACUCUAAUUUACGAUAAUGAACUGGUGUAGACGUAGUUUCCGAAAGCAUUCGAUAAUGAGUCUUCCUUGCUACUGCGAUCUCUGCAAUGAGAUUGUGACCUUUGUCUCGGUUAAAAGAAAAAAAGCAAAUAGAAAUUAAAAAUUUCGAAAUAAAUAUGAAAUGUUGAAAAUCAACUAAAGCUUUCAAUUUAACAUACAAAUGUGCAGGUUGCAAGUUCCAGAGUAAACAUACUUCAAUUGAUAGAUCAACAGCUAGCGAAAUAUUUAUUCAUCCAUAGCUCAAUUUCAUUCGUGCAAAGGCAUUCAAUGAAAGCAAAUGAAAAAUUCACUUUGUUUUUUAUCGCAACGAUUGUAUCGGUUUCAAAUGGUAGAUGUGAGAAACAGGCCUCAGGGCGUAUGAAAGUAUAUCUUAGUAUAUCUUACUUAAAACAAUUAGUAACUCAUUCGAUUUCCUCGUCAGUUGAACAGUUAGUUAAAGCAAUUCUCUCUUUAUCUUAUGCUAUAAAUCGAAUAACUUUUCAUUUCGUAUUUAUUUUAAAUCUUAAAUUUUUAUUUCAAAUCUUUAAAGUGAGUGCACAUAGGAACUAGAAUUUUAUGCACUUGUCCUCUAAGACUAGCUGAUAUAAAUGAUGAAGUAAUUAUUCGAACCCAUCUAAUGAAAAGUGCCAACCGAUUUAUAUUUGUACACCUAACUAAUUCAAUAUAUGUAGAAAAAGAAAAAGUUUUGUUAAACUUGAGGUAUUGAUAAAAACUAUUAGUAAUUUUUAAGAUUUUUCUGUGCAUAUACAAAAAAAAAAAAAACCAUUAAUAAAAAAAUAUAUUUUUAUGUAAAAUAUUGCCAGCAAGCAACCAACUAAAAACAUGAUAGCAUAACGUAUGUAAAACAAAAAAAAAAAAAACCGUAUAUGUAACUAUGGGAAAAAUCAAACCCUCAAGAAACGUAUUCAAAAAAACCAGAAUUU